UUCUUCAGGGCCAGUACGAUAGGACCGUUUAUUCCUGUCCCAGUGUUUCACACGGAAAAAUAAUCAAGGCGGACAUUACAAGCACAACUUGACUUGACACGACUGUCAUGCAAUGAAAAGGCAAUGUGGAUCGUUAGACGUCUUCUCUCCUCUGCAGUCUUAAGAGGUCAUUAUGGAUUACUUUGUCGUACAACGGGUUCACUCCCUGAGGUCUCACCUAGAUACCUCCAAUGCACAUGUUGCUGGCGAAGCCGCAUCACAGUUGCUGGGUUCGACGCUUUGAAUGGUUCCCUCUCCUCGGAGUUAUGCAGCGAUGACAAGCAAUCGUUGGAUGCAUUUUAUACACACGAACAGCGAGCUGCCAUCCUGCAGCUUCUAAAUAAUGCAACGGAAUCGGAACUUGCCAACAUAAAACUUUUGAGAGGACGCAAAUCUGUAAAUAUAGUGGAAUAUAGAAGUCGACAUGGGCCCUUCAAAAACCUCGAAAGUGUCAUAAACGUACCAUUAGUGAAGCACAAGAGUGCUGUUAUUGUUUUCAACUCCAUACUUAACCCACCUGAGAAGAAGGAGAAAAGGAAAGCAAAGAUACAACUCGCCAAAUUCAUCAGACCUGAGAUCGAUCGAGGGCACCUAGAGGAGGCUAACACGAUCGUGUCCGUCAUAUGUGGCACCAACAAAGUGGCAUGGGCUCACAUGGACCGUGCCUUGACGGUGCUCGAUUGGCAACAGCAGGAAUGCAGUAGCUUCAUGAAGGGGACAUACAUGGCCUCAACCUACUUAGAGGAAAUUUCAUCUGUUGUAUCACACAUCCCUGAUGCGGACUUCUUCAUUGUUGAGAAGCCAGGGAUCUCCAUGCAGAACACAACACUAUUUCCAGUCAUGGCGCACCUCCGCACCGUGGAGGCCAUGCUGUUUGCCCUGCUGACGCAACGGCAGGAAGCCGGCGACUCGCCCAGAGUUCUAAACAUGAUGCGUGUGGCCGUUGGCCGUCACUUCGACCUGAUAGUGGGCGAGUCGCGAACCAGCGGAGCGCAGGUGUUGCGUCAGAUGAUGACCGAGUCCGUGACCAAGAAGGCCCCUCGUGUCACUUUCCCCCACGACCUGCUAGUGAAGUAUCGGAACGCGUUCCAGAUGGGCAGCCACAAGCGCGGGGAAGAACUGUGUGAUGCCCUGCUGCAGGCAGUGGCCUUCUAUGAGCUCCUUGGGGAAUAGACUGCUUAGGUAUCUUUGACCUUUGGGUUAUGUCACUGUCCCAUGAGUCAGCACUAAGCUGGCAUUUCCACUCCCCCGAUGACUGCCACCAAUGUAUUUACCUCUGAACAUCUGAAACAGGUUCGCAGUACAUUUCUACUGCAUGAGCCAGGCCUGGAUCAAUCCUCUUGACACAUCAAAUGUGCUCUCUUCUGAAAUGUUAUGUUUCCUGUGGUCUCAAACAUGACUUCUCUGACUCUGACUUCCGAGUUUGCUGAGCUAACAUGCAUCGUGGCUUAAUGUUUGGAACAGAUGAGUAACCACAAAGUAACCACAAACCUUGCAAUACCUCCUGAGAUUGUGGAGAGUCACAGGAACUCACCUCUAGAAAAAUAAAGUUUAAUGUAUUGAAAAAUGA